CAUAAUCCUGGAUGGUUCCAGUUUAAAAAUACAAGCCUCACCAAGUUGUUAUCUCUGAGUACGCAAAACUGUGACCGACCUGUAAAACAUCUUCAGCAAUGUCGGGAAGCAAAAGACUGGAUGGCAAAAUCGUGAUUAUAACAGGCGGAGCCAGCGGGAUUGGAGCCGAAUCCGCAAGGCUGUUCACUGAACACGGAGCUAAAGUGGUCAUAGUUGACGUACAAGAAGAGCUAGGUCAAAACGUUGUCGUUUCAAUAGGCACCGAGAAAGCAAGUUUUUACUGUUGCGAUGUUACAAACGAAACAGAGGUAGAGAACGCCGUUAAGUUCACCGUCGAAAAACAUGGAAAGCUAGACGUUCUGUUUAGUAACGCUGGCGUCAUUCUGUUUAGCCAACCGGGCGUUUUAGAACCACCGGGAAGCAUUCUCGACUUGGAUCUCGAAAAGUUUGACCGAACAAUGGCUGUGAACGUUCGUGGAGCAGCGGUGUUUAUCAAACAUGCGGCACGUGCCAUGGUGGAGAAAGGCACGCGUGGUUCCAUCGUUUGUACGACCAGCGUUACGGCGGAGAUCGGUGGUCAGGGACCUCAUGAAUACACGGCGUCGAAGCAUGGGCUCGUGGGGCUGAUUAGAUCCGUGUGUGGCGAUUUAGGGAAACAUGGGAUAAGAAUAAACGGCGUGGCACCGUUCGGGGUGGCGACAGCAAUGACUAGCCACGACGAGGAGACGGCUAAGCAGGUCGAGGAGUACAGCGAAGCUAAAGGGAUUCUUAAAGGUGCUGUGCUGAAGGCUCGACACGUGGCGGAUGCUGCCUUGUUUCUUGCUUCUGAUGACUCAGCUUAUAUCAGUGGUCAGAACUUAUCUGUGGACGGUGGUUUUUGCGUCGUUAAGCCUGUUUGAGACAGUAGGAUAUAUUUACAUUAUAUAAAAAUAUUGGUUAUUUGUUUCCCAAUCGGGAUCGUUAUUGAUGAACGUUAUUAUAUUGAAUAUCAUAUUCCAUAUCAAGAUCUUAUUAAAACCUUCUUUUCAUACCAA